CCCACAGCCCGCAAUAAGAACAUAAUCAGUCUGGGAAGGGGGGGAAACCAGCUUUCCCGCAUUCGCCGAAAUCUGGGACAAAGCAGAAAAUUGCCCGGAAGCUGCCUAUUGCGUUGCAGUCAGCAGCGAUGCUGCCUUCUCAGGGCUGCUGCGGGGGAAAGCAGGAGAAGUUUCUUUAAAAGGAGGAGGAAGCAGCAGCAGCAAGAAGAAGAAGAAGAAGAAAACUUGAGGAAUACAGUCCUUGUGCAUCCUGAAACCUGAAACCCAGCAAAGGAGGAAUCGUCUCUUCCAACUUCCGAGAACUGACUUUCUGCAAGGCUUCCGUGUCUGCCCGGAGCAGCCGCUGGAUGGCUUUCCUCGAGACCGUGUCGGAAUAAAGGCGCUUGGCGAGGAGGCAGCAGCGACCUCGGCAGCCCCGUCUCGCGGGAUACGAUGGCUGCUGCUGCUGCUGCAAAGCCCAAAGUUUUCCGCCUGGGCUUGAAGUGCCUCUUCCUCGCAACCGUGAUGGUCGCCUGUGAUGGGCAGGCGGGGAACGGCGAGAAUGGAGGCUCUGCCUGCUAUGGGGGCUUCGACUUGUACUUCAUUUUGGACAAAUCAGGAAGUGUCCUGCACCACUGGAGUGAAAUCUAUUACUUUGUGGAACAUCUGGCCCACAGAUUUAUAAACCCCCAGCUGAGGAUGUCUUUCAUUGUUUUCUCAACUCGAGGCUCCAUUCUAAUGAGACUUACAGAAGACAGGGAUCAGAUACGGCAAGGUUUGGAGGAACUUCAGAAGGUCCUGCCAGGGGGAGACACUUACAUGCACGAAGGAUUUGAAAGGGCAAGUGAGCAAAUUUAUCAUGAAAGCGUGCAAGGUUAUAGGACGGCCAGUGUCAUCAUCGCCCUGACUGAUGGAGAGCUUCAUGAGGACCUUUUCUUCUAUGCAGAGCGAGAGGCCAACCGAUCUCGCGACUUGGGUGCGACUGUAUACUGUGUGGGUGUGAAAGACUUCAAUGAAACGCAGUUGGCUCGGAUAGCUGACAGCAAGGAUCACGUCUUCCCUGUGAAUGAUGGCUUUGAAGCUCUCCAGGGGAUCAUAGACUCUAUUUUGAAGAAAUCAUGUAUUGAAAUACUGGCUGCAAAACCUUCUAGUAUCUGUGCAGGAGAGUCCUUCCAAGUAGUGGUGACAGGCAACGGAUUCCGGCAUGCCCGCAAUGUCGACCGAGUCCUCUGCAGCUUCAGGAUCAAUGAGACCGUCGUUCUUAAUGAGAAACCGUUUGUCGUCGAGGACACCUACCUGCUCUGCCCGGCACCUGUAUUACGAGAAGUUGGCAUGGAAGCUGCUCUUCAGGUCAGCAUGAAUGAUGGCUUCAGUUUCAUCUCAAGCUCCGUCAUCAUCUCCAGCACACACUGUUCUGAUGGGACGAUCCUGGCGAUUGCUCUGCUGAUCCUGUUCCUGCUGCUGGCGCUGGCUCUCCUGUGGUGGUUCUGGCCCCUCUGCUGCACUGUGAUUAUUAAGGAGCCGCCCCCACCCCCUGAAGAAGACAGCGAAGAAGAAGAUGACGACGGGCUUCCCAAGAAGAAGUGGCCAACGGUGGAUGCCUCCUAUUAUGGCGGACGUGGCGUUGGGGGGAUUAAGCGGAUGGAGGUUCGCUGGGGAGAAAAGGGAUCAACAGAAGAAGGUGCUAAACUGGAGAAAGCAAAGAACGCCCGAGUCAAGAUGCCAGAACAAGAGUAUGAAUUUCCAGAGCCCAGGAGUCUUGGAAGCAACAUGCGGCGGUCCUCUUCUCCCCAUAAGUGGUAUUCUCCUAUUAAGGGGAAGCUGGACGCCCUCUGGGUUCUGCUGCGGAAGGGAUACGACCGUGUUUCCGUGAUGCGACCUCAGCCUGGGGACAAGGGUCGCUGCAUUAAUUUCACCAGAGUGAAGACGUCUCAGACUCCGCCAAAGUACCCCCUCAACAAUGCCUACCAGCCCCCUCCCUCUGCGCCCCCGGCUCCCAUCUACAACCCUCCCCCUCCUGCCCCGAUCUACACCCCUCCACCACCCAGCUCACCGACACCUCCCACCCCAUCCCCACCUUCCACACUCCCUCCACUGCCUCCGCCUCCCCAUGCCCCGCCCCCUAACCGGGCUCCGCCCCCUUCCCGACCCCCACCUCGCCCUUCAGUCUAAAGGGCUCGCCCCUCACUCCCAGAAGCAUUUCUCAAGCCAUUUCAGCAGUACUGUAACAAUUCUAUGGGGGGGGAGGGGUGGCCUUAACAUUCUGGGUGAUGAGAUACGCAAACCACUUAAUUUUUUAAAAAUGACAACCCUAUGCCUCAGUCGACUGGAAUGCUCAAAUCACUUGCGUUUGGUUCAAAAGGAAAUUCUGCCAUUCUUUGCUUCACCAAUUGCCAGCAUCUUCAGGUUGGCCAGAAAUGGAAGCUGCCUAUGGACCCUUGAAUUCCCUGUUUCAUGUUCCGAGUCACCUGAAAAUCACAGAGGGAGGCAAUUCUCUCUCCCUUCCCUGUUGCUUCUUGUCCAUCCUGAGAACAGAUCGAUCCUCCGAUGAAUGUGAGGAUCUCUGGCUGAGAAUGUAGCUGUGAUCACAGAAGCCCUAGUCGCCAAGCCAAGGCCAUCCCGACGAACCACAGAGAUAUUGCUGGUGCCUUCUAGCAUGUGGGAAGUAUUUGUGUACAUGCCUGGAUUUGCUAUGUUGCUAUAAGGAAGAAGAGGUUGAUGAAGGUUGGUUAACUAAGGGAUAGAUUAAAAAGAGGGGCAGAUGGUUGAAUGCGAAAGAUCUCUAUGAAAGGAGACGUCAAGUUCUUUGCCCUCUGAGGCAGGUGGCAUUAAAUGGACAGGUCAGCCCUCACAAUGUUCUCUGCUGACAACAGAAGACCAGAAAAGUUGGAAGACAAAGAAUGAAAAAGACAAGACAUGUACUUUAGCAGUUUCACUUUGCACCAAGAAUGAUGGCUUUGUCCACACAGCAGAUGGAUGGAGUGUAAUGCCACAAAGUUUGCCUAACACAUGUUUGCAGAACAUCUGAAGGCACCACCAAAUGGUUGAUUCUGUUGGCACACAUAAAAUCAUAAUUGUCAUGAGCCUGACAGGGCUCCAAGGCAUCCUUUAAAAGUGUGUGGCAGUUUCAGUGGAGUUCAGGACCAUACUUCCUUCUGGCUGGCUUGAGAAAACCAAGAGAGAUCAACAGUCAGGGGAAGCAACAGAAGGAUGACUCUAAGGGGUUGUGUGUCAGUGGCACCCCAGUGUAUCACACCCAGGACUGAGUGGUGAGUGCUGAGCUGUGGCAUGGCUCUAACUGCCUUUUUGAACCAAGAGGAGUGCCUUCAACAAUACUUUUCAAAUAGAUUCUCACAACCAUUUUUUAACAUGUUGAUGUCAACACAAGUAGACGUUUUCAGUGGAUUUGUGCAGGCUGAACUGGUCUUGUGAAUGGUACAUUAAGAAUUGAACUGCUACUAACUCUGUGGCUGAAGCAAGGCAGUCUUAGCCUCAGUCCCCCAUCUGUAAAACAGGGAUAAUAAUGAGCAUAGAGGGAUAGUGCAGUUGUUGUGAUGAAGGGGAACAUAAUAUUGUAAAGCACUUGCAAAUUAGAAGUGCUACUGGGAUGAUAAAAAGUGGUACCACGGCACCAUUUGGUCCAGGACAUAACCCGGUCACCUAACAAAACCUGUCUGUCUUGACUUCAACAUGGGUGUGAGACUCUAUUCUCUCCCAAUGUUUAACAAUAGAUUAUUUUUCUACAUCAAUUUGUCUCCCUUUCCUAAGGAACAGCUCAGAAGGUAGUGUAUGCAUUCUGGAAGGUCCAGGAUUCUUUUCCUUGCAUGUCCCAUCAAAGGAGUGUGGACAGCAGGAUUGCGAAUGUCUCUGGAGAGCCAAGGCCAGUCAGAGUAGACACAGGACUGGGGAAGAUGGACCUUGACAAGUGGUCAGACUUGUUUUCAAGCAGUGCCAUAUGGUCAGGGCCAGUGGUCAUGUGAUCUGGUGCUAGGCAAUUAGAGGAGGGAGAAGAACCUUUGGCAAGAGCUGGUUCAGGCCAUCUCCUCCGCAAUGUCACUUUUAUCUGGGGAGGCACUGAGGCGAGGCCAAAAUGUACAACAGCACUGAGACUCCCAAGAGAUGCACUGGUUGCAUCUUGCUCUAUUUUCCCCUCUUUUUAAAAACAGGCACGAACCUAAGUUUCCAUCGACAUGCAUCGUAGCCUGUAGUAAAAGGCCCCGUUGUCCCAAAACCACUUGCCUCCUAAUUUUUUCAAGGUUGUCUUUUAAAAUCACCAGUGUAGCUCAGUGAGUGGGGUGUGUUGUUUUUUUCCAACACCUCUCCACAGAAUAAAUUAAAAUAGCAUCAUAUAUUGGGCUAACCAAGUUUUAGACAAGCAAGGGUAUGCUCCAGCCACAGUUAAAAGCACUUUCGGCUUAACUCUUCCAUGCUUCAGCCUUCUUGCCCUGAGGUCAGCGUGACUUGAUUGUGUGUAACUUGGGCUGGCUCAUGCGCUAGGAAGAACCUUCUUCUUGGAUGGUUCUUUGGGUAUAGAGUUUCAGCGCAAUAGAGCAUAGUCCCAGAGGACUUGUUCAAGAGAUGUUCUUCUGCCUGACUGUGGGACAAAUAGCUUUGAGAUUAUUUUAAUGAAAAGCAGCCUGGAAACCGAACAAUUAAAUAAAUGAGCAGACAAGGUCACCAUGUACCCUGAGAACUGCAUGUUAUAGUGUUCAAAGCCACCCAAAGGACAACCAUGGACGGCUUGAGCUGAGGUUGCAACUUUUAAACAACUAGCUGGGCCAAACAAAGAGCAGCCUGCUUCUGCCGCAGCGGCUGUGGGGCCAGCAGAUCUCCUGAGCUGAGGAGUUUCAGGUGCCGCCCCCCCCACCCAUAACCUAAGGUACAAAUUGCAUAAGACAUUAUUAUCUCUGCUCAUCCUAUUUAUGCUUUCAAAGGAGAUGGGCCAGGAAUGGAGAUUGAGGCCAGUUGAGCACUGCCCUGGGAAGAGGUUCUAUCGUUUUGUGGGGUCAUUUCUGAAUCGCUUCUUUAUACCUAGCGCAGAGAGGUUCAACUGCCUUUUGACCGUAGGGCUCUCCUCCCCUCUCCCACCUCCCGCCCCCCCAAACCAUCACCAGAACAGCAGCUGCUUUGUCUGCAGGCAGUACAAGGCAGCCUCUAUAAGAGCAAAGGGACACCCAGACACUGCUCUGUCACAUACCUCUCCAAAAGUCUACGCCGUUUUGGUUUACAGGUUGUGGUCAGUUCAGUCACAAGACUACUUUGCGAUGGUCAGGAAGUCCUGACAAAAAAUUGGCGACGCCACUUCGCAGUGGUUGGAUAUCGUCUAGCCGAGUAGUUGUUUAGCUCACUGAAAGAGGGCAAGCACAGUCUGCAGGGAAGUUCUCUUGCACAAGUCCUGCUGAGAUGAAUGAGAGCCAUGCAAAAGCUCUGCUUUAACAGGGAUUGUGCAGGAGACUAUCCCAACAGAUUGUGCCUGGAACGUGUAAAAUAAAUGGGAUAUGUGUAAUAGUCAUUUUGGAUUAAGUUUUACUCUUAACAGAUCCUUGAAGUCGCCCCAAAGUUUGGAAUUGGAAUGCUUUUUAAGCAAAAUAAAAUUCCAAGGAUACUAUUAAUUAACUCAGCAGUCACUGCAGAUGCAGAACAGCUUCAGAGGGAAAAGUAAAUGUGUUUUUACAGCCUCUGAUUUUAUUGAAAGGGAGUUUUGUUUUCCCAGUUCUGAAAUCAAAAGAUUAAAAUCCUGGGGUGGGGGUGGGGGUGCUCAAAAUAUUGACCAGGCCAAGGACUUUUCAAGAAGUGUGCUAAGAUUCCCCGCACAAGUUAAAAGCAACAUUCCAAAUCUGUGGUGUACAUAUUGUUAUUGCAUGCUUGCCAUAUUUUAAGUGGAAGCAUUUCCUAUCCUGUGUGGAUAAAAGAUCUUUUUUCACGUUGUAGUAAAUUAUUAUAAAGCCAAUGAUAUUUCAUGGCAUGUUUAUUGUAUCAAGCUGUGCUUGUUUCAUUUUUAUUUUCCCCCUUUAUGUUUGUAUUGCUUUUAUUAAUGUAUAGAUAUUUCCUGUAAUGACGAAUGCCUCCUUUCACAGAGCAUUAAUGGCACUCAAGGCCUUUUGGUUCCUAAAACAACUUCUUCUUGAACCUGAGAGCAGUUCAUUUCAGUUUCUGACGGGGGGGGGGGGGGGGGAGAUUAGGUCAGUGGUCCCAAUCCACCAGUGUCUAACUCUGCAGACACAUUGCCUCGGUCUGCCUCUCUGGCCUGAAGCUGGAUCAGCUUGUGCUGAGCUUCCAAGCCCCAUAGAACUGUGCAGACAAUUCCCACCUUCCUCUCCAACUGGGGGCUGGAAAAUGGGGGCAGAGGUUGGGUUCCCUGCUUUGGAAACCCAGCAUGAUUCUGAAACACACACCCCCGGCCCCCUUCUAAGUGCCUUUUGGAGGCCAAAAACUAGGCAGCAUUGCUUUGUGGGACAGUCCUGGCAGCCACAAAUUCUUGGCUGGCCAUCCAUCAAGUGUGUGCAAGCCAUUUGUGGGGGCAGGUGUGAUUUGGGUUUCUUAACUACGGCUGGUUCCAUUAGAUUGUGGCCUGUAAGAUUUGGUUUUUGCGUUAGCUUUUCCAUAUGGGGGGAGGGGCUGGACAACCCCUCCACAUUGCACAAGUGAGAUGCUAGCAACCUGGGCUAAGCCAAGACAGAAAAACCAAGGAAUUUAAGUGCUCACCAUUGGCUGGAUUGUGACCAUUGGUCCUAAUGCUAAUCAACCCAACAGUGGCAAUUAAUGCUAUGUAAAAGUGAGGUUGAACUGCCUGGUGUACUAUAUUUGGUAUAUAGUACUGUGUAUGUAUCUUUUUAGUAGAAAACCCUAGGAGCUCAUUAUAAUGAAUAUUCCAAACUUUGCAAUUUCUAAAAAGAGUUCUUUAUAGAACACCGCAAAAAGAAGAGCAAUGGGAGUGAUCUGAUGGUGCUUUUCUGCAGUUUCUGGAAGACUGUGCUGUCUGUAGGAUCACCACCACUUCCCAGACCUUGAGGCCGAAACAGUUGAGCAAAUAUUGAUGAACUCUGCUGGGGCCACUUGGAUCACAGACUUUUCAAUCCUCGGAAUGCCAAGAGUCAGGAGCCGGGCACAUGUCAGCUUACAGAAAUGGUGGCCAAUCUGGCUACAGGAAGGAGCAUUAACAAAAGGUAGAGAGGAUGCAAGUCUGAAAUGGAGCCUUUCUUGGGAAGAUUUGGCUACUUCUGGUGGUAGCGAGGAAUGACUAAUCAGCCCGCAGAAGAGUGCAAGUCUGUGCCCUUGGCUUGGUUACAGGAGUCAUUUUGAGAUGCAGUCAUUACUCUUUGCCAAUUUUGAUGUUAUUAAAGAACUAAUUGGA